CCCCCCCCAGCACCACCACCAGGAGCUGUUUUUGGGGCCGGCGUCCCGGUGGAGGAAGCGUGGGAGGCCGCUUCCCGCCGACACCUCCGCACCCGGCCCUGGUGCCAUUGGCUGCUGGCAGCCCAGGACAGCGGUUAAAUGCCGGGGCAGCGGCGUGGGGCCGGCAGCACACGCGCUGCACGCUACCGCACGCGUCCCUGCCUCGGCUGCGUCGCACCGGCAGCGGGAUGAAGGCUGAGCUGCUGGCACUGCUGAUGCUGUGGGCUGCGGCCUGCGCCCACCCUGUGCACAACCGCAUCUCUGUGCCCCUGGAGCCUGAGGACACGGUGCCGGGGGACGAGGUGAAGGCACUGGGACCCCUCCUGGGCGGUGGAAACCUCGGUCACCUUCGUGCCAGUGUGGGGCCAGGGGAUGGCAGUGACAGGGACCUCGCUGUUGGGAACCACAUAGAGCAGGACUUUGCCGAGCAUGACAGGCUGCCUGCCUGGCCCGGGGACGAGGAGGACGACAGCGGGGACGACACUUUGGAUGGUGAGGAGGGCGAAGGGCCCAGCUAUGGCACUGGGGAUGCUGGAGGACAUGGUGACAGCAGCAGCAGCAGCAGCAGUGAGAGUGCAAUGGCCCAGCACCGCUACAGCAGGUACCGUGGCAGCUUCAGGCGGGGAGGGGGCAGCAGCAGCAGCCAGGAGGAUGAGGAGGAGAGCGCUGGCUUGGGCGGUGAAGGCAUGCAGGGCGACGAUGCCUCAGUUUUUGACAAUCUGGGCGGAGGGCGACGCGUCCGGGGGGCCUCUGUUGGCCCCCAGGAGGACAGGGACAGCCGGUCCCCGGAGGCCGAGGACACUGACUCCACGGAGGACAGCCCCUCAGCCGAGGAGAAGAGCAACUCACAGGAGGACAGCCAGGCCAGCAGGUCUGGGGAGGACGAGGACAGCCAUGAGGAGGACAAGGACAGCCCCUCCAGGGAGGCCUCAGAUGAGGAGGCCUCAGAUGAGGAGGCCAAGGAGUCCACGGAGUCCGCAGAGGAUGGCUCAGAGGAGGCAGUGAGUGCUCCAGAGGGGCGCAGCGGCAGCAGGGAGGAGCGGGCGUCCCCUGAGGACAGGAGUGCACCGUCUGACCUCGACAGUGAGGAAGAGCAGAGCAAGUCCAGGGAGGAGGAGGAGGAGGAGGAGAGUAAGUCCACAGAGGACAGCGUGGAGUCAGAGGAGGAUGGGAACAACUCCAAACCUGACGAGGAUGCUCCAAGCGCAUCGACUGAGAGCCGCAGCGCAUCCCCAGAGGGCAGCGAUGAGGACGACGAGGAUGAAGACAACACAACGGGCGAGGACAGUACCUCCACAGAGAGCACCAACAGUGCGUCCCCAGAGGACGGGGAUGAUGAGCAGAGCCGCUCCCAGGAGGACGCCAGCUUGCCGCGCAGCCUGGGCAGUGAGAGCCGCAAGCGGCGGCUGGACGCCUACCGCAGGAAGCCAGCCACCGACUACGAUGAUAACGACUGCCAGGAUGGGUACUGACAGCGGCACAUAACUCACUGGUUGUGUGGACGGGUCGGCUUCCUCCGGGGAAGAUGCUAUGGACAAAAUGGGUGAGGGCUGGCCAUGUGGGGCAGCCACUUGUGAGGGGAUGCUGGACACGGGUAAAACCCAAGUUCUGCAUCGCAAGCGGAUGCGUCCCGGCACUCUCCCUAAAACUGCCCACCUGUGCUGCACGGGGAGCCGUGUGUGGAGCGUGUCACACCACGUUGGGGUGGGGUGUAUGUAAUAUUUUGUAAGAAAUGUACAGAAAGCAUUCUAUUGUAUCCUUUUCAUGUCAGUGGCACUUACCUUUUUGAAACUGAAAUGUAUCCUGUGUACAUCUUCAUCAACAUUAAAAACCACCAGACCCCA